UUUUAAAAACAAACAAUCUUAACAAAUGUAAAUCGGGAUAUCAGUGUCGCAUUAAACUGAGCACAACACCGAUAUUACAAAUUACACUUAUUUUAACAUUUAGAUCUCUAAGAUAUCUACAAUUAAGUAACGGUUAUUUAUUUCUAUGAUUUAAAAUGACUUUAUUAAGAUGCAACUAGUUCAAUGUGUGAAAGUUGCUUCAGAAAGGAACUAACGUUGGGAUUCGCAGUUGUUACACCUAAACAUACCCCCCUCUGAAGCUGUGGUGUCUGUGGUUCCCCCUGCACUGAAGGCGCUCUGACACCACUUAAACCAGUGUUCGGAGCACCGUCCACAGAAUCAGCAACAAUAAUACAUGACAAGGAGGGAACAAAUAGAAAUACAAAUACUGACCAACAACGAUAAAUUUCGUUAACCAAAAAUAUUGUUUUUCACGAGUGUGCAACAAAGGCUCGACUAUAUCCUCCCAAGUUUAGCUAGUAGGCAGCGUUAGCCGGGAAGCUAAUGUUAGCUGACAGCGCUUUAUUUAUAGGACUGGCUGGCGUGUCGUUGGCAGGGAGUUCUUGUGACAAUUUGUGUUGACAUCUAAAACGGACAAACUUUAUGUGUCCUAUGACCUCGCAACGCUAACUGACUUACAACAAAAUGUCCAGUCUUUCGUUGGAUAGAGAACUACAGGAGCGCCUGAGAGAGGCGUCUGCCAUCGGGGACAUCGACGAAGUACGGACACUGGUGGAGAGCGGAGUAAAUGUCAAUUCACAGAACGAAAUUAACGGAUGGACAUGUCUACACUGGGCGUGCAAAAGGAACCAUAAGCACAUAGUGUCCUACUUGCUCAGUUGUGGAGCUGACAAAGAAAUACUCACAGCUAAGGAUGAGCUAGCCUCACAGCUGACCUCCAAACCAGAGAUCAAACGACUGCUGGGAGUGGAGGUGGAGGACAUGCCUGAAGUCAAGGAGCCUGAGUUACCUAUCAUUCCCAACUAUCUAUCCAACCCACCCUUCUUGUACUCCAAGAUGAACAGCAAGUCAGAUGUCAUCCUGGCACAGCAGGUCACUCAGAACGGCUCUGGAGACCACACUGAUGACACACAAAGUGAUUCAGCUUCUCUUUCUCCGAUACAUGAGCCUCAGACGUCACAGAGUCUUGUUGCUGACGCCCCCGUCCUUCCCUCAAACCCCGCUCAUCUUUCCCAAACCCUGAGUGAAAAUUGUAUCCACGUGGCUGAGCAGAACGGUGUUGUGUCUAGUCCCGCCUCCUCCCACAACCACACUGUUGUCAACUGCACAGUGCCUAUGGACCUGUCAGUGGAGCCUCACCUGGUCAACCAUGCCGAUUUCCCGCACACAGUGGCACACAAUGGCACCAUGAGUUCACCUCGGUUGUCAUCACCAAACCUAGCCAGCAGUGGUGGGAACCAGAUCCAAGCUCCAGUGGCCAACACCAACCCAACUGUGAGCAGGCAGCAGUCAAUUCCGCAGCAGCUGUCCUACAGCCAGGCCAGUGGGGCUAUGCCAGCGUUCCAGCCUUUCUUCUUCACGAGCACCUUUCCUGUCAAUGUGCAAGAGUUGGUUCUGAAGGUUCGUAUCCAGAACCCCAACGCACGAGAGAACGACUUCAUUGAGAUAGAGCUGGACCGCCAGGAGCUCACUUAUCGCUCUCUUCUGAGGGUGUGUUGCCGCGAGUUGGACAUCAGCACUGAACACGUGGAAAAGAUCCGCAAGCUGCCAAACACCAUGCUGAGAAAGGACAAGGACGUGGCUCGCCUCCAGGACUUUCAGGAGCUGGAGGUUGUGUUGGAGAAAGCAGAAGGCCUGCCCCUCUUCACUGGGUCUGGCGUGCUAACGGACAGACCCUGCUACAACAUGAAGGCCUCCCGCCUCACCUAUUAGAGCUUCCACAGAGCCUGAAGUGUCUCUGUGUUACAUGCGUUCCUGUAGCUACUCUCCAGCAACUACAACCAAUUGGCUGCCCAAACCCCCUUUAGGGAUUUCUUUUUUGCCAAUUCCCCUUUGCUAAGGGUUUCUUUAUUUAAGAGUAGCUCCUAUCCUUCUCCUCUUCCCUUCUGCUGCUUAAGAAUACCCCAACAGUUGCAAGCGAUGACUGAUGCAUGGUUUAUGGAACUGAACUGUGUGCAAAAAAAUAUAUAUUUGUACCUCUCUUUGUCCUCCCUUUGUCUGUCUCCUCUCCUCCCGCUGCACUUUGUGCCAAGGCUCAAGUUGGAUGACGGUGAGGACACAGGCCUGGACUUCUCACUGAUUGGACUUGAAUGGGAUUCUGCAAUAGCCUUACAUGGACAGACUGUGGUUACAGACCUUUAUCAGCCCG